ACACAGGUAGGGCGUGCCAUCCCGAGUCCACAGGGGGCACAGCAGGCCCCUGUGUUCAGGGCGUCACGAACACAUUCGAAAAUGCUGACAUGCGCCGCCGCACCAGCAGAAUGAGGCCGGUGUGGAUGCGACCGGGUUCCCAUUCCCAUCGGGAUCCUCAGAAAAAACGCCGGUGCGGAGGUGGUAGAAGUGCACCAGCAUGACGGGCACCCACACCUCAGUUCUGCUCGUCCCGUCCCGACAAGUCUCGAGUACAACGCGCAUAGGCAACCGGUCCUGGUCACAGCUUUUGGCAUUUUGCAGCCUCGCUCAGGAAGUUCUCGUCAACGGCCGAGCUCUUACCUCGAGCACGGUUGCUGAUGUUGAAGCCUAUGCCAUACGUCAACGCAGGUUGGCCCUGCUUCAGCAGCGGCAGCAGGUACGUGAGGCGGCAGCUUCGUAUGUGGAGCUCGUGCGACACCACGACGUGAAGACCAGGCACAGCACCGACGAAACCACCGUCUCGCAGCACUUGGGUUUGGAACCAGAGUCGGGCGGCCAUGUCUAUUCCAACGAUGCAAAUGCGGGGAGUACUACAACGGGCGAUCCGCACGACGAUGCCAGCAACACGCGUGGCUUUGUGGAUUCUUCGUCGCGGCAGGAAAACGGUGAUGACAAAAGUAAAACGGCGAACCAGCACGAAGCCGGGCCUCCAAGUGUGGCGCAGUUUUAUGCGACCAAGCGGAAACGAGUCGCGCAAGAAGCCGAAGCAAACGCAAUGCAAACAGAACCAACGGUGGCGCUUGAACUAGGGCACUCUCUGUCUCCUACACGCGACUGCCCCACUGCAUUCGGUCAAGAACCUCAACCUGAUGUACGAACAGAUUUAGCAGAAUACAUUGCGCGCGACGGAGGCGGUGGAGCUCUGUACUUACCCGACCAUCAAGGCGAUACAAUUCAAGGACUGGUCGGCAAUCUCGGAUUCUUUGCACAGGAGACUCGUGGUCCAAGCAAUGACAAAAUACGCACGUCAACAGCAAAAGCCCCGCAUUCUUGCCGGCGCUUUUUUCUAUCGGAUCCCGAAGCUGCUCCUGCUGAACCGCUGGACGAGGACGGUUUAUUUGACUAUGAGUGCGCAGGAUCGUCGUUUGCAAAAGACACAGAAGAUGAAGCCACGACAGCAGCCAGUCUACUAUCUUCCCCCCAGACCACGGCGCACCAUCAGGCGGGACUUGUGUUGCUUUCGUCGUCAAUCAAAGCGGGAAACGAUGUUGACGUUGAGGCAGCUUCAACAUCUGUGCAGCGUGUCACGUUUCAGAAGCCGUUCGGCAGCGAUUGCGUCGUCGUCCUGGCUGCUGCUCACCCGCCGAUGCUGACCGACCCACAACAACUCCGUUUUUUCGCACCUGCCCAGCCGACGUGCAUAGAGGAGGUUGCCCAGUUGGCGACGGGAGACGUGCGGCGGCCCUGCGGCGCCGGCCAAAAUCGCGUGUACACGAAUGACGCGAGCGUGCGAAAUGCCCUCCAGGGUCUCUGCAUGUGUCCCGACGGAAACACCUACUCCGUGAGCGGGGACGAAAAAUUGGGGCUCGCCUGUGACGGAGGCGUUUCCCACUCAGUCAUCGAGACGGAGGCCACGUUCGCCAAUCCCGCGCUGCAAAGGGCGCUCUUGUCCGAGGGCAGGCGCGUUUUCUGUGGCGCAGCCAAACCUCCAGGUCACCCAGGGAACGCCGCUUACAAACGCGCUGCUGCUAUUGGUCGUGAAGGCAGCGAGGCUGAGCCCACGUGUGCGGAGGAAGUCGACAAGGCGUUUCCGCGAUGCGGCCACCAGAAUCGCAAUCGGGUCGUGCUGUUACAGCUAGAACAAUCGGAUCAAGGUGCGGAAAACGGGCAGACAGGAGACGGUACAGUGCGCGAGGAACAAUCGAGCGGAUACGGCGGUCAGUGCCAGUGUCCAGACGGAACGAUCUACAACGUGGGGAGCGUAGGGGACCAGUGCGCGUCUUUGGCCUGCUACGGCGGCCUCGCGAUCGGGGAGUGCGAGCGCGUGGAUCGACCCUGGCGGCAAGGACGAGCGGUUUACUGUGACGCGCUUGCACCAGCAGCAGCUCGGUCAACAUUCUCUGCGAACCCAGACAAGCAAGAGCGGCACCGCCCGGAUCAACGGCACGCGGUCCUGUCUGAGUUAGAGAGCGUACCGGUGCGCUCGCCGUCGGCGUGCGCGGAGGAUCCGGAUAACCUCGGGCAUAACCCAUGUCCGGCUGCUAAAAAUACCGUGCAGACAAAUGUGCAAGGAGUUGGUAGCUUCGGCGGGCUUUGCCGCUGCCCGGACGGCUCUGCGUACAUGGUUGGUGACAAUUUGGACAGUUGCGCCUCACUUGCGUGCGAAAAUGCGCUAUCGAUCGGGUAUUGCGAGCCUAUUGAGCGCCCGCACGCGCUACGUGCCAGCCGGCGGGUCGUCUGCGCGGCUGAAGGACGUGCAACGUCUCCAGUUAUCUCCGAAUCAGAGUUGUAUAAGAGAUCCUCGUCCACGUCCACUGGUGCUGCUAUUCCCGCUCCACCUGGGCAGAAUAACGAGCAUGAGGUAAACACCAUGUUUUUCGGCGCAUUGCAAAUGGCUGCGAGGCAAAGUAGUGCGACAGAAGACCAUCAAUACCGUGCUCUUGUUGAAAGCAAGGUGCGCUGUCUGGAGCCGCUGGACCUGCGCGGGGAUGAGGAUCUUGGCGCACCGUGUCCGACGGGCCCGAAUCAGGUGUUCACGAACCAACCCGGUAUCGGCGUCGAUGGCUACGGCGGGCACUGCUUGUGUCCCGACGGCACUGCCUUUGCUGUGGGUGCACAAGAUGACACUUGCCUCAGCUUGGCGUGCGACAAUGGUCAAGCUCUGUCGUGCGGUCAAGGAGAACUCACGUCUGCGCUUGCGUCCCCUCAACGCGCUCUUCUGCUUGUAGGUCGGAAGGUCGUAUGCGCGCUCGCCGACAACGCGGCUGCGACUGAAAUGCAUUCUCGCACAGAAACGAAACAGUUCGGGAGCGUUGGAGAACAAGAACUUCCGCCAGUUUUCUUGCAGGAAGCCAGCCAGCAGGACAACUCACUUUCGUGGUUGCAGAAUUUUUUUCACCAUGAUCAAAACGAGCAGGACCACGAGCCGGGUGAUGCCGUGUCACUUUCCGAGCAAAAUAAGUUGAGUUAUACUUCGGAGCCCGAGGCCGAGACGAGUGCAACUUCCCUGGAGGAUAGUCCGCUCGAGCCCGGCCACAGACGCGGAACGAGCGGUGCAGAGCACUCGCCGAGUGCGCGCAAGCCGAGCGCUGCUCAAGUAGAGCUUCUAAGUGUCGAGCAGGCGUCUCGCCAGGCCAUUCGGAUGCUCGCUGGAGAUCUUCGCCGCCAGGCCUGGAAUCGAAACGAAGCUCCCGGAAGUUCGUUGGGUAAGUCGAGCGAGCUGCGAACAGGAUCAGAUUCGCGUAGCGCGGGUGAAAGUGGUGAGUCACUGUCCAAGCAGGCGUCUGACCGAGCUCGCAAUAACGAGGGACAGGUCAGGAGACCGCCUGCCCCAAGUUGGGUCCGCAAAGACAUUUCUGUUGGAGCGUGCAACGAAAAAGUUAGUGAUGGUUGGUUUUCCUGCGGGAGCAGUCGGCUGAAUCGAGUUGACCUUGUAAAAAGGCAGCAAGGCGGCCGAGAAGUGGAAGUCGGAAAGAGCAUUCACAGACAGGAACGGACAGACUGGAUGGCAGAGUGCAAGUGCGCGGACGGGAGCGUGUAUGUGGUCACCGGAAAGGUACCGAUCUGUCAAUCACUGGGUUGCUACGGUGGGGACCUAGAUCAUGAAAGUUGCGCGCCCGCUCACAAGAGUUUCGUAGGUUCCACACGCAGUGUGUCGUGUCAAGUUGCACCAGCAAGAAGCACUUCGUCUAGCGCCGCCUUCAGAAACGCUGACUCGGUUAAAAAUGGCAGACAUCUUUCUGGGCGGCCUUUUGCAAGCUUUGCUCAGACCCGUGAAGCUGCACCACAUUUUGCGCAAGAAGCAGGCGAAAGGUUUCAUUGCGCCGAAGAUGCACAUCGCCUUGCACUCAAGGGAGGCUGCCCCGCGAAACGCAACGUCAUUCUGGCGAACCAGCCCAAUGUUGGGACCUUCGGAGGGAUAUGCGCGUGCGCGGACGGAUCGAAAUUUGCGGUUGGAGAUAACCAAGACGACUGCGCGUCGCUUGCUUGCGUGAACGGCGUCGCAGGUAAGUGCCAUCGCACUGGACACGCAGCUCUGCUUCGCACCUCGCGGAAAGUCAUUUGUGCCCCAGGACCACCAGUAAGUGUUGGUACAAAGGAGCUGCAGGUGGUCGCUGUAUCCGACGUGUCCAGAACCGGAUUCACUUUGCAUACGGGCACUGACGGUGCUGCGAGUCCUGAACGGUCAGCCGAAAAAGUUUGGUGGACAGCUUUGAAGUGCGGAACCGGCCACCUCGCAUCCGGACAGCGAUUUCACGCCAGCAGAACGGCGUCGGUACCCGAACGUGCCGAGGGUACUAGUUUGCUGCACUUUAUCGAGCCCCAAAUUCGUGAUCCAGAUUCUGCCGCUUCGAGCCUUUCCUCCGCAGACACACCAGAAGAACAACAACGCGGCGUGGUGCACAUCGAGGUCGAACCUGACCCGCGGACGAGCAAACGAACUGUAUCAACGAGUGCAGUCAGCCUGGUACAACAGCGACUCGAGGGCGAAGAAGGAUCGUCUGCAUCGCAGAAGAUCGGGCGUGCAAAGGUCGGCGCAGGGGUGCCCCUCCGCGUACCAGCAUCGUCGUCGGAGCACGUCGUGAUAGCGGGAGAACCAGGGGUGCACGUCCGUAGCGGGCCGUUUUUUAGCCCUGGGUCGAAAGAGCUAGCGUUUGCACAUCACCCGGACUGCGAAGCCGAGCCACUACUUGAUGCGACAAACCGCCAAUCUCCAUAUUUGCCUUGGCUAGCGUCGAGGACGUCUGCUGGGUCAUUUUUUCGCAGCGACUCGGUGCAGCUGCCGCUCACGAAGAGGUGGCAUAGCGUCACUUGGGCCGAAUCAUCGCGAAUCGAGCCUGCAGUUGCCUCUUCGUCGUUCGUUGUCCUGCCCACCAUUCAGGAAAUUUUUCCACGUGCCGAUGAUUCGACAGCCCGUGAAAGAUUAUCCUCCGGCGCGACCAAGGCAGUGAUCGCACGGAUACGUCACGUGACGCCUGCCGGAUUUCAGGUACAGUUUCGUCCCAUUGCGCACGACGUGCCCGCAGGGCUGUUUGACGGCAGCAAGGCUGUGCGUCUGGGGUAUGCGGUGGUCCGGGAGAAAAGCAAAAGAGUGGAGGAACGGAGUUCUGCAUUGCGGACCACGGUGCUGCCGGGAACGCCUUUGCUGUAUCACUCAGGUGUAGUCUCGAUUGCAGAGGAUGAGCCUGCCGAACUGCCCAUCAAGGCAACCGAUUUGAGGAGACGUGGGUCCACUCCACCGCGGGUGUUUGCGGCGCUGCAAACGGCGGAAAACCGCGCACCUCUCUUGCUUCGCACAGAAGUCGCUUCUACCGGGGAAAUAACCGUCCGUGCGCAGCGCAUUCGCGGACAAGGCUCCUGCGUUUGGGGUAGAGCGUCCAAGCGCGAACGGCUUGGCUUCGUAGUGUUGGAAGAAGGUCGGACCCCUCGUGGAAUGAACGGCGGCUCGGAAACUGAGGAGCAUUAUCCGACUCCAAUACGAACGACGCUUUCAAAACCAAGUGCAAUCGAUGAAGCAUCGCACUCUAAUGUACAUUUGCAGGAGCUAGCACUUACAGAAAUAGGUGCCGACGGCACUUCAGAUACUGCAUUUCAACAUCGGCGCGACGACGAGGAACCCGAGGAGCCACCGCCCCCGGCAGGACCAAAUCCGCUGACGAUCCGCAGUGUGAGUCUUUCCUCUGAAACCCGACAGAUAAAAACGGGGGCGCACGGGGAUGCAGCGGACAAGGAGCGCCUGGUAGUGCUUCUUGGGCCAGUCGCGAAAAACGAACCGGACGCGGCCUUCGCUGCGAUGGACGCGAUGGAGGGAGAGACGUUCUCGGCCCGGGUGCGCGAGUACAACCUGGAAUCUUGCGUGCCGGGGUACCUGACCGGUGGGCACGGGUCCGAGGAAGUCUCGUAUUCCGUUUGGGACAUCCAAACACCGCACGAGGACGCGGAGGCCGGUUUCGCACAGCUGUCGUAUGUAGUGAGGUCACGAACGUUCUAAUCUAGCGGUUUUUUUGCCAUGCAUUACGCAAAACGACCGGCAGUUUUCAAGCGUGCGGAAGUGUUUUUGGACAUAAAAGUAAAAGAUUUCCAUUUAUCAAGCGGCCGGGGCCUUGCUGUCAAACAAGCGCGAGCGGAUUCUAUCGAUUCACGCUUGAUAAAACGACGCAAGGGAGCCGCCAAAAGGGGCGCCCUUCUGAGGCGCCCACCGCCUUGGUUUCUGGCGAUUUGGGGCGCCCAAAAAGGGGCGCCCAAAAAGCAGCACUCCGUAAAAAACAGCGAAUCCGCAUAGUAUGGGCCUAAUUUUGGCCCACAUUCGGGCCUCGGAAAAGACGCCACCAAAAUCCGCCAUUUCAGAGGCGGACUGAAGGCCAGAAGAUGCGGCAUCUUGCAAAAAAAAAAAACAAAAAAACAAAGUCCGCCAAAAGCAAAAAGCCAAUCCGCAUGCUAUGGGCCCGAUUUGGGGCUCCCAAGGGCCUGUCCUUGGCGCGGGCCCUGGCGGGGCCAUAGCAUGCGGGGAAGGUUUUUCGAUUCGAAACCAAACGGAGGCCAGCCCUGGAAUGAGAUUUUUCGCGACCGCCGUACCGUCGUGCAUAACAUUACUCACGAUGGCAUGGUGGGCAGAGAAGUUGCGUCUUUUUUGGCGUAAAGGCAAAAAGACCGCCAUGACCUCACUACCUCCGCGGACGCGGCUAUUAUUGGUACAUCAGUUCGCAAGUAAACGACGUCCCGUUUCGCACGCCCUUUGCGCCCGACGCAAGUGUUAUCGUCAUCAUCAGCCUGGGCCCAAAAUACAGUGCGCGGGAGCGGGUCGCGCGGGUGACACGGGUCUUACCGCAGGGUUUCUCUGUGCGGUUGACGAAGCCGUUUCCGGCGGAGGCAAAGCCUGGUGUCGCGCAGACCGGCGAGCCCGCGCGUUUUAACGGAUUCAACAACAAAACGAUCAAAGCGUCGUACUUCGCGGUCGCGGACACGAAAGGACAGGUAAGUCUCGUUGUUUACGCUUAUUUCCGCAGACAAUUUUUGGCACAACUUCAACUACCAUGUCAGACACCAUUCAUUGCUCGCGUCGCACGUCUGAUCAUGUGCGCGCAAAUUUUGAGGUCGCUUCUCUUGAAGCGGCAUGAUUGAUUCGAUGCAGCGACUACCUCUCACAGUUCUUAUGAUACUUUUUUCAGGUUCGUGAGUGGAUUGACGAAGCCGCUGGCUUGCUGAGCCCGAACGUCACUGCGAUGCAAGAUCGUUUAGUGCUCGUUCCUCCCGUCGAGCGAGGCUUCUUUUACGCGUCACUGAUAAUGGACGUCGACGAUCGGUGGGCGCGGAUCGACUCAGUCGACAUGAGCCUGUUGCCUUUCCUGAAAGUCUUUGCCACCAUCCAGUCCCAACACGACGCGACACCCGCAGUACUGCGCUACCGCGUCCUACCCGACGGCGUCUACCUGAAGAUUCAGAACGUCGAAAAGUGCGGGUGGAUGGAGCCGCACCGCAUGGAAAAGGUCGGCGUCUUUCUCCACGAGGGUGUCGACGAGUCCGGUGCGCCCAUCAAGUUUCGCACCCGGGUGCGGGAGCACCUGGCCACGGCGUUCUACGCGAACAACCGCACGGGUUCCGGCCGAGAACUCCUGGAUGUGCGGAACGUCACGUUCGAAACAGAAAUCGCCCCCCUUUUCGAGGAUGCCAGCCGCUCGACCGACGACGUUCUCGAUGAUCUACGCAAAGCGUUCAAGAUGCCCGCCACCGAAAAACUGGCCUUGCCGAACGUGCUGACCUUCGAGCCCACGGAGCGCGACGUUGUCGAGUACUUGCGGCAGCAGGCACCGUACGCCGGCGCCCUCGAGAAGGCGGUGCAGGAGCGGCUGGUGGUGUUCGAGGUGGCCGGGUCGCUGGAUCAGGUGUGCGGCAUCAUGCUCACCGAGUUUGCCGACCUCCUGUACCACGGCAACAACGCGCCCGUGACGCUAAGGGGCUGGCUGGUGAACAACACCGUGUUGGAGCCAACGGCGCAGUUUCUGAUUCAGGACCAAGCGAAGGUGUACACCCUGGGCGGGUUGGUGGCGUGGAUCAUGCGAAAAGUCGACGACGCGGCGCUCCAGCUAUCGACGUCCGACGACCGCUCCAUGACCUUUGCCUGCAGGGACAUUGCGGCGUGCGUCAAGUCCGCGGCGAGCACCACGCCGAUGUUCCCGCACAUGGACUUCGAGGCGGAUUUAGGGUUUAAAGCCCGACCCAUGCGGGGGCACGUGGUGUCCAGCAAGAAACUUCUGUUUUUUGGACCGCUCACGCAAAAUUCGGCAGAGGUGGCCCAAGCCAAGAUUGUGAAGGCUCCCGGGAUCGCGGGACCCGAUCCGGUGGUGCGGCUGGCAGAACCGAAGACAUGCAAAGGGUAUGCGGAUUUGCACGGCUCCGAGAUUGCACCUUGGGUGACGGUCCUGGCUGGGAGGACGCGGCUCUCUUACGUCGUCGAAACAGACCUGUCGUCCGUGUCGCCGGUACGACUGCUUUUUUAUAUGUCUUGCUCCUGUAGAUGAUCACGAAAUGGUCCGAGUCCGUAAUCAAUCAGAAAAUUUCGAACGUACUAACUCAUACAAAAAUAUCUAUGUUCACAGUUUUCUGGCUCCCCCUCUUGGGAUCGAAUAAGCCUGCCCGAAGGACUGAUUCCCGAACCCAGGGGAUCCACGUCGUCCGCAACUCCGGAAUACGUCAUCUUCGCAAGUAUCCAGGAGGCUUCGGACGACGCGUUCUACGCAGUUCGCUUCGGCAGGCGGAGAGCCCGGUUUUUGGAGGUGGCGGCGUUUUCGGACGGGGGGGACGCCAGCAAGGUGUCACGGCUCGCUCUGCUUGUGCUGCGAAUUGGCGAAAAGAACUACGACAGGGUCCUGGGGCCAUUCUCGUCAGGUCUAAUCGGCAUCGACGAGGAGCACUUCAACACCUGGAUUUCGCUGCCCUUCGAUCCUGCACUCCGCAACCCGACCCCGCUGGUGCAAAUUCUCAGCUCCACCGUGGCACCCGCGUCUGUGCGAAUGCGGCGGGUCGGGCAGCACGACGUCCAAGUGAAAAUUCACGGAUGUACGGGCACAGAGAAGGGCGUGGCGCAACUGGCCUUUGCGGUGUUCCCGGGAGGGCGGAACCCCCCGCACAAGGCGCCGGCAAACCUGUUUCCAGCAGCGAGCCAGGUGACUCUUGACAUCCCCGGUCCAGACGAAAACCCCGGGUAUGAAAUCGACCUCAAGUUGCAGCGCUACGGCGGCAUAGAUUUUGAACCCGCCAGCGGGAAAGUGUUCGUGCUACCGGGCGUGCCGAGCUUCAACGGCGACGCGCCAGUGGUCCCCAGCAUCAGCGCGCCGGACGGAACGACAAACUUUACCAUUCGUCUGCUCGAAUUGCAGCGCUGCGGCGCGGACGGAGUCCACGCGGCAGAGGAAGUGCCUUUUCUAGCAAUGCAGUGGAAGACAAAAGCCGGUACGAGCAUAACACCACCCUCGGCGACAACAUUGUUGCAAACGCGAUACGAAGGCGGAGAGUACUACGGGGCUGCCGCGAGCCUGAGCAAUAAUUUUGGGAAAGGCAAAAACGCAGAAAGUGCGGGCUUGACGCUCUUCCAAAACUAUUUCAUGCUAGAUGACACUGACAGUACGCAGUCACUGGAGACUGGCGCGGCGGGUGCGUCCCCGUUUCUGGUCGGCUACGCAGACCUGAUUCUUUCCGCUGCCGAGCCCUUUGCGGACGUUGAGUUUUCUCGUCCGUUUGAGGGCGCACAGUGCGUAGUGGUCGUGACAACCGUCCUGGACUUUGCCUGGGACGUGCCGCGAUGGCGACGCCCGAGGCUCCGCGAAAUAACCAGCGCGGGAUUCCAGGCAACAAUAGAGCAGGGAGCGUAUAUCAACCCUGCGGCGCUGGAAGAAAACCUUUUGGAGUGGUGGGACGGCGUCAAAGACAAGUGGAACUUCAAAGUGCUGGACACGCCUGCGGAAUUCGACGAGCAGUUGAAUUUCAAUGUCACCAUGGCCGACAACGCUACAACUGCUAAUACAACCGGGAGCGCGAACAACUCGACCGCAGAUAUGAACAGUACAAAUGCGACCGCUGCUGCGCUCGCGGCAGUCAGAGAGUUGAUCGGAGAAACCGGUGCGGACAAAACCGGCCACAAACAAAGAGCAGGCGUUGGCGAAGAGGCUUCCGAAAAUGGUCCUCCUUUGCUCUCCUGGCCACAGCAGAUCGCGUACUUGGCGACACCGUGCACGGAUACUACCGUGUACGACAAGGAGACGGACAGUGCCCUCUACGAGCCUGCAGACGCCACCGCACUUCUGGGAACGUUUCCGAACGGCCGCCGGUUCUGGGCCGGCAAGCUCGUUGUGGACGAGACAAAUUGGGUACGCAUUCCGACCUUGGACCUGCAGAAACCUCGAGUUUUUGCAACGGAUGCCACAUCCAAUCGGUUGCGCAGGUCGGCGAUCCGCAUGAGGCAGAAUGAGGAAGGCACUCACGAGAUAAAACUGCAAUCCGCCGCUCGUGAGGACUGCCUGCCGGAAAACGGCCCGUCGACCGCCAAAGCACACGCCGCGUGGGUCGCGUCCGGGUACUACCUCCCGGAAACGCUGAGCGUUUUGGUUGUGGAAGGCAUCUGAUUGUCAGCGGUUUCGACGCGCGUUUCCACCCUGUGCUAUUGCGUUUGUAAGUACGCCAGUCGUUUAAUAGCACCUUUGAUUGGAGAUUUUUUUGAAUUAUGGCACAUCGCGUGUCGAUUUGGGUUUCACUUUCAUCGCAUCUUCUUCACAACCAGGUUUCAUUUUGCAAAUAUAGACUUCUGCCCUUCAGGCUUAUGUUUUUAUGGUUUUUGGUUUCGCUUUCGCGUCCGGUCCUACCAACAGGGCAGCUCUCGAACUGCCGCAGGCGUGGAUUCCUAGAAUAAAACAGGCGCCGGCUCUUGUACUAGAAAAUUUCCUGUGCAUGAUAUGGGAUAAAAGAAACAAAUCAUCAUGCGGGAAAGCGCGACAACCGAUA